UAGGUACUUGUACGAAAUGAUAAUUAAUCAAACGCAUGCGCACUAAUUUUUGUAGACGCCAUAUUUUUUAACGAAAAAGAUGCCUGCAGCCGAGGCAGAUCGACCUGGUAAAGUGUUUGUUGGGGGACUGGCAAGCGACAUUGACGAAGCUGUACUAGAAAAGUAUUUCAGUCAUUAUGGAAGACUCACAGAAGUCAUAGUAAAGCGAGAUAAAAAUACACAACAAACACGAGGAUAUGCAUUUAUAACAUUUGAAAACCCAUAUGAUGCCGAAGAUGCCAUUAAAGAAAUGGAUAAAAAGGAAAUACAUGGCAGACAGAUUUAUGUUGAACAAGCUGUUAAACCCCGACAUGAAACACAGAACCUAAGGCCCCCACCUAGGGGAGGUGGAUUUAGAGGGGCACCUCGUGGAAGUAGAGGGGGUGGGAGAGGAGGAGGGGGAAGUCGAGGAGGACCCAGAGGGAGAAUGGGUGAUGGACACAUGGACAGAAGUAGAUCACCAAUACGACAGAGACCAGAUAGGGGAAGACCAGACAGGGAUUUUAGCAGGUCAGACAGAGGAGGGAGAGAUGGUUUUGAUGGUCCACAAAGGCGCGAUCUGAUCGAUGAGUUUGAGCAUAGGCAAAUGUUAGAUGAAGAAAAGCCUUGGAUCACUCCUGAAUUAUUAGUUCUUGUCAGGCAAAAAGACGAAAUGCAAGAAUGGGCAAAUAAAUGUCCAUCUUUGGUAGCAGAAUAUAGAAAGUUUCGUAAUCAUGUUAGAAUGAAAGUAAGAAAAGCAAAAAUUCAGUAUGAGGAUCCAACAGGUGAGAAAAGGGAAGCUGAAUUUAAUAUGAGAAUGCUGAAGAAAGGAUUGACACCUGAAGAAAUAGAGAAAAGAAAAGCGGCACCGAGACCAGAAACACACCAUGGUGGGAAAAAAUAUACACCUCCUGUUAUAUACCCGGGGAAUUUAUCAGGGGCAGCAUCGAUGAAGUUAAAUGAUGCGUCAGAAACUGUCUCUGUAACAAGAGACCCUGAAGUAUUUCAGCAAAAGUCAAAGUUUGUUAAUCUUUUAUCUAAACAGAGCAAAACUGUCUAUGAAUCCUUUCAAAAGACACAUGUUACACAAUCAAACUGGUCAGAAGAUCAAGAUGAAGGUUUUAGUCAGGGAUAUGGUGGAGGAGAUAAAGCCCCAAAUCCUCAAUUACCUAGUGCUUCAUUCUCUAAGGUUCCAAAUAGCAACUUUGUGCAACCUGUAGGGUAUCCACAAACACAAGGCUAUUCUCAAGGCAAUGCUAAAUUUAACUUACAAAUACCUCCACCGGGCUGGUCAACCAAUGUUAAUAAGCAGAACCAGGCGGUAACCUCUGGAAUUUAUCAAGGUUAUGCUACGGCUAGUUAUGCCUCCACAACAACCAACACUGAUAACUCUAAAGCAUUCAAUCAAAGUUCCAGUGAAACAACUCCAAACCCAUGGGCUCAAGCCAUGUCAGAUUAUUGGAAUCAAUCAGCACAGGCUUCAAGUUUUGGAAAAUGCCACGGGGCAAGUUUUGCUUCAACCAAUGCAAGCCAGAUUCAGCCUUCAGCAAGUUUUACUCAGUCCUCUGUAAAUCAAAUGCAGCCAUUUGCAAGUCAAACAAUGUCGUCUCCUUAUCAGCACUAUUCGAAUCUACCUACACAAUCUUCAGCUCAACAGACUGCAGGUCAGACAUAUCCAAAUAGCCUCCAAAGUCAAAAAACUGAAAGCCAAUCUAAAGCUGAUGUACAGUCAUCUGAACAUCCAAAACAAAUUCUGAAUCGUCUCAGUCAAAUAGCUUAUGGAACUCAGUCUUAUGGACACCAAGAGUCAACAGAGGUCCCCCUCAAAACAGCUAUAAAACAGACCUCAACACAAAUACCACAAAAACCAAAACAACAAGCAUCUAGUGCAAAAUUGAGCAAGCUUAUCAAACCACCAGUACAGUAUUUUAAAGGUGUGGCAAAGAACAAGAACAAAAUCCAAAUAAAAAUCAAUCAAAAUACCUUAGGGAUUGAAGCACAAGCCAAGAAAGAUACUGAUGCUGCAAGUACCAAAGUUACAACUGAAGUCACAAGUACCAAAAUUACAACUGAAGUUAAGAUUACCAAAAUUGCAACAGAAGUUAUUGAAAACCACGAGGAAGAAAAUGAAAACCAAGAGGAAGAAAUUGAUGAUGGCAUUUCUAGAUCCAAUGAUAAGGAAAACCCAUGGCAACAGGCAAUAGAGGAUUUCUGGAAGAAUCUAUCUCAAGGGACAUCCUCAGUGGAUCCAAACCAAGGAGACAAUGCCAAAAAUGAUAAGGAAGAUAAAAAUAAAUUAGAAGAUAAUUCCAUGAACAUUACUUUACCAAAAGAACCCAAAUCAAGUACAAUUAACCAAAGUCUCAUUGAAUCACAGAAAAAUGUUUUAGCAAAAGUUAUUAGUAGUAAAACUUUAAAAGACAAAAAUUGGUCUGAAAGUCAAGAAGCCUGUGAUAAAGACAUUGAGCAAUUGGAUUUAAAUGUUGAUAAUCCGAAUUAUUAUCCCCAUCCUGCUACUGUUUCCCCACCUAGAGAUUUAAAUAUGGGUGACAAUGAUGGGAUGUCUUUAAAUGCACCAAAUCCUGGCCCAUGUGACCAAGAUUUUGGAGGGGAUCGUUACGGUGGAAUGGAUCGUGGUGCACCACCCAGAUCUCGGGAUCCACCCAUGUCUCGUGGAAGAGACUACUCCCCCAGUUCUAGAGACUUCGGUAGAGGAAGUGCUCCGGACAGGAUGAGCAGGGGGUCAGCCAGAGACUUCCAAUCCUCCCGCUAUGACCCUCCACCACGAGAUUUCUCCCCUCCUCCCAGGGAUUUUCAUUCCUCCAGAGACAUGAUCAUUGAAAGAGGACCCACAUCAAGAGAUAGGAUGUCAACAAGAGAUUACGGGUCUCCACAAAACACUCGAGACUUUGGAGGGAGCAUGUCUAGAGGUGGUUCCUCCAUGUAUGCGGGGUCACGUGACCAGGGUAUGGGCAGUAGAGAGGUCUAUGUUGGAGGAAGAGACAGAGAUCUUCCAUCAUCUAGAGAUUACAUGACAUCAAGAGAAUUCAGCAGUCGUGGAGGAUCUUCAAGAGGAGGGCUGUCCAGAGGGGGUGGGGACUUUGACAGAGGCCAGCCAUUGGACGAUUCAUACAGAGAUUCUGGGAGAGGAGGACCCCUCAGCCGUGGUCCACCAAGCCGAGGUUUCAGCAGCAUGGGCUCUCAGAGAGACAGUGGACGUCCUUCACACGAUAUGUACGAAUCGUCAAACAGAGGCCAGUCUCGUGGCGGUCCGCCCUCCAACCGAGGCCCGCCUUCCCGAGGACCACCCCCUAGAGGGGUACCCUCUCGCGGACCCCCUCCCAGGGAUGACAGGGACAGAGGAGGUUAUUCCACUGGGCAGAGACGCCCUUCAAACAUGGAUUCCAGAGGAGGAGGACCCCCCAUGAAGCGAGCCAGACCUAGUGGCAUGUCCUCCCGCGGAUCUAUGCGGCGAUAAGCAUUUUGUAUUCAAUUACAUUUUCUUUGGAAGAAAAUGUUGUUUUUUUUCGAGAUAUAGAAAAA